AUGGAAUGCUUCGCGAGAUACGGUAGAAUCGGGGAUGCCUUGCAUAUGAGCUGGAACUCCCUGAGGUGGGAAAAUGGGGAGGAAACAUGGGAACCGAUAUCAAAUCUGAAGGAGGACAUUCCUGAUCUGCUGCGAGCCUUCCUCCCGGUCGUGUCCGUCACACAUCUGGAACGGUUCCCAGAACCCGACCCUUUCAAACAACAAGCUGGAAACCCGGGACCCGUCUUUAUCGUUAUCGAGGGAGACACGGAAAAAUACAAGCCUUACGAAAUUGAUAAGAUUAUCGCAACGAGAGACCGCAAUAUUCGGCGGGGAAAGAACAAGGGUAAAACGGUCAUGCGCCCCCCUCCCAAGUCCUAG